AUGGACGGAGACGCGUCGAAACCCACCGAAGAGGCUUCCUCUCCUGUUCAUGAAGAGAUUAUUAAGGAUGCAUCUUCAAUUUCAGAGGUCAAGCAGGUGUCUGCUGAGAAAUCUGAUGACAAUUCUUCUGAUAUGGAAGACGAAGAAGAAGAAGCUUUUAAGGAGGUUAGUGAAGAUCCAAACGAGGUCAGUGAAGAGCUCGAUGAAGUAAGCGAACAGCCUGAUGAAGUAAGCGAACAGCCUGAUGAAGCUGAAGAGCAGCCUGACGAAGCAGAAGAGCAGCCUGACGAAGCAGAAGAGCAGCCUGAUGAAGCAGAAGAGCAGAUUUCAGAGCCUCCUUCUGAAUCUAAGGGAACCACGAAUGCUACUUCAGACAAUGCCUCUAGUGCUCAUGAGGAGUCUGAUAAUAUUAACACUAAUGACUCCAAUUCUUCCAGUGCCAACGAUUCGAUGGUAGUGCAGGCACCAGUGAUUGCAGCUAAUACCAAUGUUGCAUCUGAAAUUCCUCUUGCCAAAAAAGCUCCUCUGACUUCAGGUACCAAGCCGUCUGAGAAGGAAUAUAUUAAGGCUUUGGGGAAUGCUGAUGGAGAUAUUGAACUUCCGGAUACAGAAAGCGAAAAUAUUAAAGAAGAGCCGUCAAAGGUUGCCGUUAAAGUGGAAAGCAAAGCUCUUGAAUCUAGUGCUUUGGAUACCUCUAGAACAAGUGACAAGCCUUUUGCAGAGCAACCCAUGAAACAGAAUGUAUCGAAUGAAAGUAAGGCCAAUGAGGAGACCACUCCAGGAACAAGGUCGGCUACUGAGGGUCCGACCACCACAACAGAUUCGCCGAUGCCUGAUUCUGCCGCUGAUACCACUGCCGUUUCUGAAACCUCGGAACCUCAAGCAAGUAUUUCUAUGGCGUCCUUAAAGAAGCAAACGCACACCAUAGUUUUACCCUCCUAUGUAUCAUGGUUUGACUUGAAGCAGAUCCACAAAAUAGAGAAAGAGUCUCUUCCGGAGUUCUUUAACAAAUUCAACAAGAAUAAGUCCCCCGAGAUCUAUGUCAGGUAUAGAAACUUUAUGAUCAACGCCUAUCGGUUGAAUCCCAAUGAUUAUCUUUCAUUUACAGCGGUGAGAAGAAAUCUCGUUGGGGAUGCAGCUACUCUCCUGAGAGUUCACAGAUUUCUAGAUAAAUGGGGGUUAAUCAACUACCAGGUGAAUCCAGAAACAAGACCUGUUCCUGUUGAACCUCCUUAUACUGGUGACUUUUCUGUUGAUUACGAUACUCCAAGGGGAAUGUUUCCUUUUGAAGGAUAUCGUCCGCCUAAUGAACUGCCAGAUUUGUCUAAAGUUAAGGAACUUUUGGAUAAGCAAAUGGGCUCUGCACAGACCGUCAGUAAGUCGAAGGAGGCCACACCAGCAGAUGAUGGGGAAGAGCCGCCUAAGAAAAAAAUCAAGAUUGUCAGACCGGAUAUUGAUAAUGGUUGGACAGAGGAGUCCUUGAAGAGAUUGACUGAAGGUGUGGCAAAAUUCAAGGCUGACUGGUAUAAGGUUGCAGAGUAUGUUGGCCAGAAGACAUCGGAGGAGUGCAUUAUAAGAUUCCUUCAGUUACCUAUUGAGGACAAGUUCUUGGAAGAGCACAAGGAAAUGUUGGGGCCACUCAAGUAUAUUCCAAACCUGUCGUUUUCAUCUAAUGAUAAUCCUGUGAUGUCGACCUUGGCCUUUUUGUGCCGGAUGAUUGAUCCAGAGGUGGCUGCUGCUGCUUCCACCAGAGCUAUCAAGAUUAUGGAUGAGAAAAUUGACGAAAAGAUAAAUGCAGGAAAGCCAAUAGGUGACAAGAAGGUUGAUGAUGUGCUUGUCGAUGUUGAAGAUGCGGCUGUGAAUUCAUUUGGUAUUGUGGGUGCCAGAUCGCAUUUGUUUGCCAGUUAUGAGGAAAGAGAAAUGAACAAAUUCAGCGUGAACAUAAUACAAAACCAGUUGAAGAUUGUCGAGCUAAAGUUGGCUAAGCUCAAUGCUUUGGAAAAAGAGUAUGAAUAUCAAAGAAAGCAACUUUCCACAAAGAACGACGAACUUUUCUUAGAAAGAUUAUCUCUCUUCAAGUAUACUGAUUCUGUGUCGUCCAAGCUAAUGCAAGCCAUUGACGUUCUUGAUUCUGCAAUGAGGGUUCAGAAGGAGGAGAAGAAGGGAAUUUCUCAAAGCGUUGUAAAUGGGGAGGCCUCCAAGGAUGCAGAUAGUAAGAAUGAGGAGAUGCCCGAAACUUCUAAGCCUGUUAAGGUUGAAAAGGAACUGGCCGAGGAUUUACCUAUUUCUGAUCUGCAUGCCCGUGAAUUGGGUAUGACCGAAGAAACUUCUGUUGAGGCACCUGCUGAGGCGCCUGCUCAGCAGCAUUCUGACGAACCUGCUGACGAACCUGCUGACGAACCUACUGACCAACCUGCUGACGAACCUGCUGACGAACCUACUGACGAACCUACUGACCAACCUGCUGAGAAAACUGAUGACGGACCUGCUGAGAAACCUGACGAUGAACCCGUUGACGACUCUGAAGAGAAAAUUUCAGAGGCUGAAUCCGAGCAUAAAGAGUCUGCCGUGUAUGAAGAUGAAGCAGAUAAGUCUAAAGAAGUUUUGAAGCCCAUUGAGUCUACAGAAUCUACUAGAGAAAAAACUACCGAAGAAUCUGUAAAGAUUGCUAAGACGGGUACAAAGGGUGAGAAGUCUGCUGAUGAUGUUACCAUGCCUAAAGAAGAAAAUCAAGAGGUUGAUAUCGCUGCCCCUAAAAGGGACGAAGCAGCAAGUACUAAAGUUGAUUCCGAUGGUGAUGCUUUUAUGGAGGAAGAAGCUUCCUCUGAAGCGGUAACAGGACUAACAGAUAACCUUAUAUCAUUGACUUCGCAAGAAUUAGAGAAGUUGAAGAAUUUGGUUCAUGACGCUAGGGAUGUCGUUCUCAAGCCGCCCAGAAAGCAGCUUAAUAUUCUUGAAACGGAAUCUCCGGAGGAACAGAGCACAAAUAACGAGGGAGAGGAGUCGACUGUUAAGCCUGUCAGCUUUGAGGCUCCACAGUUAUACAGGUACUGGAGUGGCUAG